UUUGAAAUGAGUUUAAAAAAAAUAUGUAUUGAGGAAGACAAACCAACCUUCGAUAAUGGUGACAAGGAUCCAAAAAUUGUCAUCAAUUCACUGGAUUACGACUCAUUAGCACGAAUCAUCAUGUUGUUGCCAAUACCAGAAAGGAUAGACAUGGAAGAAGUUUGUACCAAAUGGAAAGAGGCAUGUCAACUAGCUUGGUAUGACAUUAAAAAAUACAAAUGUGAAACAUCAAUUGGACGUUGUUAUAAUAACCGUUUGUUGACGCAAUCAUACCUCAAAAAAAUUUUAUUAAGAUGUGGUAAUUAUCUAAAAGAAUUGUCUCUCUCAGAUGUUUGUAGUCCAAGUGUCAUGCCGUUUGUUGUUGAUCACUGUAAAAAUUUAACAACCUUGGAAUAUAAAUUUGAUGAUAAAUCCUUAAUUGAUAAUGCUGAUCAUUUUGUUCAAGCAUUUACACAGUUAGAUAAAUUAAAAUGCAUCAAAAUAACGGUGGACCACAACGACUCGAAUGAGACAAUCAAUCUCUCUCCAAUAAUUGAUAGUCUUCCAGAAGAAAUUAAUGAAAUUCAUCUAUUUGCUAAACCGUGGUGGGAUAUAAGCCAAAAUAUUUCCAUGAGUUUAAAAAACUUUAAAAAUCUUCAAAAAUUGACAGUACAUAACUUUUGUUUAGACAACAUAAACCUUCAAGAAAUAGCAGAAAUAACAACACUUGUUCAUCUAAACGUUGGGUUAUAUGAUGAUCAUAUAAUUCUUUCUCUAUUUAAUAAACUCGUUAAUCUAGAGUAUAUCGACUUCACGAUGGAUAUUGAGUAUGUGUCGAACCUCUCUACAGAAGUACUUGAGACUAUUUUUUGUACAUGCAAAAAUCUAAAACAUCUUGAUAUUCCACCUGGUCCUUAUGAUGUAGCUCAAAUUCCUCUCAAGAAAUGGAUAAACUUUCAAAAUUUCCAACAUCUUGGUAUUUCUUGUGACAUGAUGCCUGACUUAGCAAAUACAAUUGUUAAAUAUUGCAAGAAUUUGGAACAUUUGAGAAUAACUAGUCACAAUAUAAUGGAUACUGCUUUAAAAAAGUUAACAGAGUUGAAAAAUCUUGAAUGUUUAAUAUUGAAUGUUGACAUUCCGCUCAAAGAGGAAUCAAUAAUCGCAAUUUCAAACAAUUGUAAAAAACUUAAACGUUUAGAAAUUGCUGAAUGUAGAAUAGAACCAGCUAAUGAUGGUGACCCACUUUCUUCUCCAUCUGUUCUUAAUGGAUUAUCAAAAUUACAAUAUCUAGAACAUCUAUAUUUGUGUGCAGCAUUAGAGCUUGAUGACAGUACUAUUAUUGCUAUUGCUAAUAAUUGUAAGAACCUAACAAGUUUAGACAUCCGAUGUUGCAGUAAAAUUACUGAAACAUCUCUUGUUGUUUUAUCGAACUUAAAAAAUUUACAAAAACUUAAUGUAAGUGGUCUUGAAAUAAUUACAGACAGCUUCCUUAUCAAAUUGAAAGGAUUGAAAGAAUUUUAUUGUUAUGAAUGCGAAAAACUUACUGAUGCUGGUUUUAUUCAAUUUAUAAAAAAUAAUCCUGAUCUUGAAAUUCUCGAUGUCCGUUUUAUUGAUAAUUUAACAAUUGACAUGAUAAUUGCUGCUGAACAAGCAAUUAAAAAUCGUACAAAUGGUGUCAUUUUACACAUAAAAUUAUUUUAUCCGUUAUUGGAAGAAGUUUCUGAGUCAACAAUUAAAUCUCAAUGGUUACUUGUUAAUAAACUUCCUUAAAUUUACUGUAUAUCUUUUUCUAAUUUUUUAUGUAAUAUUACUUGGAACCAUAACAAUUCGAAUGACAAUGUUAAUAUUUUUAAAAGAUACGUUAAAAAAUAAAUAUAUUUUCUUAAAU